GCGCGAGUGUGCGCCGCGCGCCGUGGCGUGGCACUUUGGUUAAUGAUGUCAUCAGCUAGCCUCGGCCGUACUGAGCUGUUUUAGUUGUUUGUUUCCGUUUGCGACCGGCGGCGGCUGGGAUUACCGGUGCAUCAGAAAUAUUAAAUUUGUUUCAGAUAUCCUAUUUUUAGUGUACCACUCUAUCAGUCUCAUUGCAGCCAUGGAUGCAAAACAAUUAGCCUCAUCUAUUGCACAAUUCUCUGCCAAGUUCUGUAAUGAACUGGAUAAGAACAAGAGUGUGGUGUCUUCUCCUCUAUCAGCAGAAAUCCUACUUGCUCUAUUAACUUUGGGUACUACUGAACCCGCACAUGAUGAGCUACUUACGGCGCUUGGGAUUCCUGAUGAUGCUUCAAUCCGAUCAGGCUUCUCGGUGGUGUCCGACAAGCUGAAAUCCAUAAAGGGCGUCACCUUGAACGUGGCCAACAAAGUGUACGUGAUGGAGGGCGCUUACGACCUGCACUCAGAGCUGAAGCAAGAUGCCAUUAAGGUGUUCGACGCUGGCUUUGAGAAAGUCAACUUCGAGGAGUCUGCAGCCGCGGCUAGUCUUAUCAACAAAUGGGUGGAGGACAAAACUAACAACAGAAUUAAAGAUCUGAUAUCUGAGGAUGACUUGAAUAGAUACACGCGUCUUGUUCUUGUAAAUGCAAUCUAUUUUAAGGGAACAUGGAGCAAAAAGUUCGACCCAAUGCAUACCAUGGAUAAACCUUUCCAUGUAAAUGCUACGACCACAAUUCAAGUGCCGAUGAUGUACAAGGAGGAUAACUUCAGAUACGGCGAAAGUGAAGCAUUAAACGCGCAGCUGUUGGAAAUGAGCUAUGUUGGUGGAGAGGCGAGCAUGUUGAUCGUACUCCCUAGAGAAGUCGAAGGUCUUGAUGGAGUUCUGAAGAAGUUGGCGGGUGGCUUCGACCUCUUAGGAGAAGUCGAAAGGAAAAUGUUCUCCACCAAGGUUCAAGUCACAAUGCCCAAAUUCAAAAUCGAAACAGAAAUCGACCUCAACACCUUGCUGUUUAAGCUUGGGAUCAAGUCGAUAUUUAACUCCAAAGGCCCAUCAGGCCUGACUAAAGUGUUGAACUGCGACGAGCCAUUGUACGUGUCCAAAGCCGUCCAGAAGGCAUUCAUUGAAGUCAACGAGGAAGGCGCCGAGGCCGCCGCAGCCACCGCUAUGAGCAUCGCAAUGUUCUGUGCAAUAAUUGAGCCGGUUACCGAGUUCGUGGCUGACCGACCGUUCCUCGUUACGAUCUUCGUCGAUGGUGCACCAUACUUCGUAGCUGCGCACCGUGGCGUUGAAGAAACGGACGAAUAGAUGCUCAAGCCCUCAAGCGUUCUUAGGCCCGUAUUACAAAACGAGGUUCAAAACUAUUCAAUCUCGGACCUCGGUCAUACAUUCAACCCAUCAAUGCUUGAAAUUGAACAGUUUUGAGAGUCGGUCUGUAAUACGCAUUUGGACGUAUUUAGCACGUUUCUAACGAACAAUUACCUUUUGAAAUUGACAAGCUUAUCUCAAAUUGCUUGCGUGGUUUCGAUGUGUGAAAAUUUCUAGAUAUGUACUAAGUAGGUACUUACCUACUUAGUUACGGCUAAUGUAUUUCUAGCGGUAUUCUAGCAUGAACAACUUUCGUCUUCGAAUCGUUUGUGUAUUCGACAAAAUUCGAUACUCAACCUUCGAAUUAAACGAUAACGUGACAAUUUUGAUUCUCAAAAUAAGUUUCGUGCAACCAUUUCUCAUACUAAGUUCACUUACGACACGUUCACAAGGGUACUAAAUCUUUUGAUGGCGAUUCGAAUACGCAAACGAUUCGAACUCGAAAGUUUUCUCGAAAGUCUGCUCAUUCGCGUGAACUUAAACAACCAUCGAAUUCGAAACCAUAAAAUCUGAUUUUACAUUGUUUAAGAGCACAGUAACUCUAGUACAAACAACUUUCAUCUGAUAGAAUCGUUUGCGUAUUCGACAAAAUUCGAUACCCAGCCUUCGAUAAACGAUAACGUGACGAUCUCGAUUGCAAAAAUUAGUUUCGUGCUACCAUUUUUUUCAUACCAACUUCACUUUUUCAUACUAGGAAUCUUGAUGGCGAUUCGAAUACGCAAACGAUUCGAAGUCAAAAGUUUUUCGUGCUUUUCGCUCAUGAUAUUAGGAAAACAUUUCAGCUAUGCAUUUAUCUUUAUAGUGUGUAGAUGAAUUUUUAUAUUUUAUACUUUUAUAUGAUAUAUUGUCGUUAUAAAAUGAGUUGCAUUUAGAAUAUUGUUAAGAAGAGUAUGCAUAAGUUUUAUUUUUAAUAAAUAUUUAUGUAUUAUAAUAAUAUAACAAUAAAUGUGUACCUACUUUUAAGUAUCA